AUGCCGGAUCGACUGAACCGUUCCUCCAGCACAUUCAAUCCCUCAAUGCACAGUGUCUAUCCUACCGUGAAUUCGGUCGAUUGGCGCAGAAAAUUAGGUCGAAGCCGUUGGGAUCUGUUCAAACCGUGGCGUACGCACACAUGGAGUCAGAAUCUGAACGGGACCUAUCCGGAUUUGCCACGUCAGGCCGUAUUACACGGAUCGACGGUGAGCACCGGUCAAAAAUCACCCGAGACCAUGGUCGUCCGUCGUGGCUCUAUCCCAUUCUGGCCUAUGCCCAUGCAUCCGAACGGGCAUUCCUCGUUCAGUCUGGUUCCUGGCGCACCGGGUUCACAACCAUUUGACUCGCCUCAACCGAUUUUCAACGGAUCCUCAUCCCCUUGGCUACGGACCACUUCAACCACACAUCUCACACAACAACCCGCAGCCUAUAUGAAUUCAUCUGGAGAGGUUUCCAGUCCGAUGGAUGGAUACCCGUUCAAUCAUCCGUGGUGGCAACCAUGGAGACGCAGUUUGAAAAAACAACGCCGUUUGUAUAUGCAUUUACAGCGACGUCGUGAAGCUCAGUACCAAUCACAACGACGACUUAUGGAAUCGAGUGCGAUGUCCAACGGCUCCUCCAGUCAAAUAGCUCUCACUCCGUCCAGCAUCGGGAUGGUCAAUUCCAGCAGUCGUGAUUCGAACAGUUUGAUUGAUCAGAGAAAUAUGAUGAUGGUGGUCCCAAACCCAGACCGACCACUGAGUCAACGUACCACCGGUAGCAGUCGCACAUUCACAACAAGUGAUGGUGGUACAGUUACCCCAGGAGCUGUGGAGACCGCAAUCCAAUCCAACCAGGCAAACGACCAGACCAGGAAUGCACCUCGCUUUGGGUACACCAAUUGGGAUCUGGCUGAUAAUGCACAACCCCACUGUGCAUCCGCCCAACCGUAUCAGGAAAUUCAACCUCAAAUGGAACGUCCACCGUCUGUGGCUGGUGACACACUACCAUGGAAGUCAACUCCGACCACAUCUUCAAACAGUUUUAGCAACGGAUUGCGUCGAUUCUCAUCGUUUUUGCGCAAUCUGAACGGAUCGCUCACGCCUCCACGAGCCGCGUCUAGACGAUCCCAGUCACAACUGAUCAACCAAUCACACCCUCAAUCCAUGUCCACCUUAGAUUCACCGAACUAUUUCGGAACGGGAGCGCCGAUCGACAUGACUGGGCAGAGCAAUGCAGCUAUGGGUCGUGUCACGUGCUUCCCAUUCACACCAACUCAUACCGGUUUUCCUAGAGCCAAAUCAGAAUCCGGCAGUGUUCGCCUAGGCCGGGGUCUCGGACUACGCAACCUGUUUAACAUCCCGAUUACACGAGAAAGUGCGACGUUGUACAAUUUGGACGUGGAUGACUGUACGGCUGGUGACCCGUUGUCCUCUUCAACUGGAACACCGACGAAGACCAGUGUGAUCCAUUUGGCCCCAUCCACUCCCAAACCAGACGAUUGGGCACGUUAUUACCCGGAUUGUACUGCAGGCUUGUCGGAUGCAACACAAACUACACUGCGUGCCCAAGCCCCGAUGACGGUGCACUAUGCUCCAGCCACAUCCACGCAACUGUAUCCGUACCUCGCACAAACUGGUACACCAGUGCCGAUGAUGCAACCAAGUCAAGGUGCUUAUAGCCCAACACAACCGCAACAACAACAACCUGACGGCAAUCGACUGUCCGGUUUGGACAAUCCGCAUUGCAACGAUCCCUAUUUGGAACCAGUCUCACUAAAACGGUUACGAGUUGAAGCUGCGAGUGGAACGGUUAAACCCGCACACUUUUCAGAUUCCGAUCAUCAACCGAGUGCAACUAGUUCUGCUAUCAGUUCGCUGGUAUUUGCCGACUCGGUAGUGGAUGAUGAAUUAGACCCGGACAGCUACUCGACAACUCAACGCACCAUUCCCAGCGCCCCAACUCCACCAGUAGCUCCACCAUUACCACCACCAAUCACGAGUCGACCGUUGACAAAUAAUCCCGGCCCUGGCAACUCGCGCGGAUUCGAUUAUGUCACUUAUGACUUAACUCGUUCAGGGACGGCUGGGACGAACACGUUGACUAAUGCGUCUCCGUCCACGGCAAAUCUAAAGUCAUUGGGAAUGGGAGGAGAACUGCUGGCCACCCAGUUGAACGUCAAUGGAGCGAACGAAGAUCUCGGACCGCUUCGAAGACCAAAACGAAAUCCAGAACAAGCAGGAGGCGAUUCUUCUCGACCCCUAUCUGAAGCUAUGAUAAGCAACCACUACUACGAUGCCAACGAGUUUGGUUUUGUCUAUCCGGACACGCCCAGUUCGGCUGCCCCAGCUCCCCCACCCCGAGUUAGUCUCUCAGCCGCAAGACAAGCUCCGAACAUACGGGCUCCGAUGUGGAAUACAACCAAUGAUCCGGCCCGAUCGGGCCCAGUAACGGUUUCUUCCCAGAGCCGACUGGCCGCUCAUAUGGCCCGGGGAGAAUUCGGUUCCAUGGACUCGCUAUAUGAGACCGUUGAUCAGUUCCCGGGACACAACCCUACUUCGCAUCAGCAACCGCGUGAAAAUCAGGCAGACGUGGCCGUCAUGGCCAAUUUGCUGGGAUCUUCUUUUGCGGAUGUUUUGUUUGGCACUCUAGAAGAGAAACCAUAA